AUGCAUCUUGCGGAAUAUCUAUUCAAACGAAUCCACCAACUGGGGAUCGAAUCCAUUUUUGGGGUUCCCGGCGAUUUCAAUUUAAGGUCCCUGGACUAUAUUGAUCCGUGUGGGCUUAACUGGAUUGGCAAUGUCAAUGAAUUGAAUGCUGGUGGGCAAGUCCGGUUCAUCAAGCUGCUGAGUGCCCAAGCUGACAACAUCAUCAUAAUAGGAUAUGCAGCCGAUGGCUACGCACGCAUCAGAGGGAUUGCAGCGAUUGCAACCACCUUGGGCGUGGGCGAGCUCUCCGCUAUCAAUGCCAUAGCCGGCUCAAGCGCCGAGCUUGUCCCUAUUAUCCACAUCGUUGGUUACCCGUCAACAACAGUCAUGGAGAAGGGAGCUUGGCUACAUCAUACAUUGGCAGAUGGGGAUUUUGAACGAUUUGCUCGUAUGAGCGAGGAGCUCUCAAGCGCCGUGGUUAUUCUGAAAGACAAGUCAACUGCAUCGAGACUUAUUGACGAGACAAUUAUAACGUGUUACCGCUCCAGCAAACCGGUCUAUAUUGGUUUCCCCGUCGAUAUCGUUGAGGCAGAAGUAGAUCCAUCCCCCCUUGACACUCCCCUGGUGCUCGAAGAACCUGCAUCUCACCCUAUUGCCGUUGAGGAAAAUGCUGUCAACAGGAUUCUGGACCGAAUUCUAACUGCCCAGAGCCCCAUCAUAAUUGUUGACUGCUUGGGCGGGAAGCCACAGGUCUUGAAAUCCACUAGGUCUUUUGUUGAGCAUUCGGGCCUGCCUUGCUUCAUUACGCCGAUGGCCAAGGGCAUUGUGGAUGAGAGCUUGGUCAACUUUUGCGGUAUCUACGCAGAUAAGGUCUCAGAGCCUGGUUUGCUAGAGCAAGUCCAACUGAGUGAUCUGAUUCUGGUGAUUGGGCCACGUCCAACGGAUAUCAAUACGGCAGGCUUCAAAACAGACAUGGCUCAUAUCGAGACGAUCAAACUUGGUCGGGAUACAGUCGAAAUGUCAGACCAAAAGUUUGAAAAUCUCAGAAUGAAAGGUAUUCUUGAGAAGCUCAGCGAUGCCUUCGAUGACCGCAUGUCGAGGUCGAACUCAUCGGCAUCAUCCGCUCCACGCAGCAUCUGCCACUUGUCUGACAGAAAUUCACUCUCCUCUGUUUCCACGUCACCUCAAAAGAGCGUCACUGCGGAUACGGCAUUCAGUUCCCAAGGCACUAUUUUUAACAAGUCACCUCCCAUAACUCAGGAAUGGGUUUGGCAACGGAUCAGCACUUGGCUACAGGAAGACGAUAUUAUAGCGGCAGACAUUGGAACUUCUCUCUUUGGCACUGCCUGGGCCAGAUAUCCACGAGGAGCAGUCCUUUUGUCUCAAUUUCUCUGGUGUUCCAUCGGGUAUGCCGUUGGCGCGGCAAUUGGGGCUGCCAUAGCCGCCCGCGAUGACGAGAAAAAGUCCGAGGCUUCUUGCCGUCGCACCAUUCUUUUCACUGGAGAUGGUAGUCUCCAAAUGACAGCGCAAGAAAUUAGCACUAUGGUCCGCCACAACCUCCCAGUAAUUAUCUUUGUCGUCAACAAUGAAGGCUUUACCAUCGAGCGUGAGAUCCACGGCCGUGAGCAGGGGUAUAAUGAUGUUCAACCUUGGGACUACAAGCUACUCCCAUCUCUCUUCCAAGCUAAACCUGAAGCCGCACGCACCUAUGAUGUUCGCGCUCAGGCUGAUUUGGACAUGGUCCUUGCCGAUCCUGAGCUUGGUCCUGCUGUGAAGUUUGACGAUAAUAGUCCAGCACCGUUGAGAUUGGUUGAACUACACAUCAGGAGAGAUGACGUCCCCGAGUCGCUUCAUGGUAUGAUUAAUGCACUCACGAAGUAG